UCCUUUGUUUGGCUAACUUCCUGCAGAUGAGAGCAGAGACAGCAGAAUCGGAUAUUUCACUACUUCCUUCUUCUGAAAUAUUGCGGGUUUUUUUUUUUUUUUUUUUUGGUUACUCACAUCACCGCCUGGUAUUCUUCUUAUCUUCUUAUUCUUCUUCCCAUGCCGCACAGUCACAUAACCCAGAAGGACACGGAAAAAAGAAAAUGAACGACUCGCUAGCCAAUACCUCCAUCAAGUGUGUCCGGGAUAUCAGCGUGACCUCGGUCGUGUUCCCCGGCCUGUACAGCAUCCUCUUCAUACUCGCCCUGCUGCUCAAUUCAAUGGCAGCAUGGAUCUUCUUCAGCAUCCCCAGCAAGUCCACAUUCAUGGUCUUUCUGAAGAAUGUGGUGGUGGCUGAUUUGUUAAUGACCUUGACCAUCCCCCUGAGGGUCUUAAGCGACGCCGACGUGGGUGGGGGUCCUCUGCGGGCCUUCCAUUGCCGUUACUCAGCCGUUCUCUUCUACAUCACCAUGUACAUCAGCAUCAUCUUGCUCGGCCUCAUCAGUCUGGACCGCUACCUGAAGAUAGUCAGGCCCUUUGGCAAGGGCGCCCUGCAGCGGGUCUGGGUGGGCCAGGCGCUGAGUGUCACUGUGUGGGUGGUCAUGUUGUCUUUAGCGCUGCCCAAUGUGAUUCUAAGUGACCAACCGCCAAAGUACUCUAGCGGACGCAUCAAGUGUACCUCGAUGAAGAGCCAGGCCGGCUUGAAUUGGCAUGAAGGAUUCAACUACUUCUGUCAGGUGAUCUUCUGGGGAACAUUGGCCCUGAUGGUGUUCUGCUACACAUUCAUUAGCAAGAAAGUGUAUGAAUCAUACAAAGCCUCAAAAAGCAGCUCUGGGGCAGCCACCCGCAAAACCAAAGCCAAAGUCUUCGUGGUGGUUGCCGUCUUCUUUAUCUGCUUCGCCCCCUUCCACUUUGCCCGCGUUCCCUACACUCUGACGCAGACCCGCAAUGCCAUCACUCAGUGCCGGGCGAAGAACGGCCUCUUCAUUGCCAAAGAGACCACGCUGUGGCUGUCGGCCACCAAUGUGUGUCUUGACCCGCUCAUUUACGUGUUCCUGUGCAGUGUGUUUCGGAAGCGACUCACGGCCACGCUCAGAAGAAAGCCUCUCCACCAUGGAGACUCCCCCACUGCCACGUCCACACAGCUGGAUAUGUCGCAAAUGCCAAACAAAGUGGUGAAAAAUGAUCCAGCAAAAUAACACAAUGGACCUAUCUAACAUGACCAAUAUGUACAUAUGUCUAAUAUUUUGUAGUUAAUUAGAGAAAAACUGCUUUGAAAAUGGCGGGGAACUU